CCCAUCAUCAUGAAUAUUCAUAAUUUGACACUUUGUGGGAGUUGAUGUGGAUGUCUCCUUGUGUAUAAAACCCAGAACCUCUCAUUGCAUCUUUGCUUGGGGAUGCUUGACUAAGACUAAAUCUAAGGAAAGCAUUUAACAAGUCCCUAUACAGACUGAACUUAAGACAAUGGAGACCAUAAACGAGAUCAUUCCAUUCGCUAAGGAGAUGCUGAGCCAGAGGCCCAGUCGAGGCAUGAUGAAGGUGUACCUGCUGGGUUCUACCCUGGCGUUUUUUGGAGUGGUCGGUGGACUGGUGGAAACGGUCUGCAUGCCAUUUUGUGAACAGGAGCCAUUAGAUGAGGAAAUGAUCAAACUGAUCACAGAGGAGAAGAAGAGGCAAAUGCUGGAGCCAGAGAUAACCACUGUCGAGCCUGAUGUUGUGGAUGAGUUGCAAACAGAGAUUGAUGCUAAGAAGCCACUGGAAGGUCGUCAGAGGAGGGCGUCUAUCAGGUCACCUGCCUGUUGAAGAUGCACUGCAACAACCUCUCAUGUUACACACACUAAUGAAACCAACACUCACAAAACAAAAUGUGGUGAAAUAAGCUGUCAACCAGGCAAUCAAAAGAGAUUGCACUUGGUGAUUUUUGUCAUGAUAAUUUGGCCAUGUUUAGGGACCCCUUGACUUAUUAAUAAUGAGAAGAGAAGAGGCUGAAUGGAUGGAUGGACGGAUGAAACAACAAGCUACAGUGAUGACUGGCUGCUGGGCAGCAGAAGCUCUGUGACUGAUUGAGAAUUUGUAUUUUCUUUUGGCUUCCUAAUAAACCUAUUUUAGGUUA